CUUUACUUCUGGUGUAGCUGUAAAACCUGUUUGUAAAACAGGAACACAAAGUUCACUCUGAAACAGUCAUCAGACAGUAUCUGCGGAAUAUGGCUUAGGUGAUUAAAGCGAUCUUAAGGUUUAAGGAGUUAGUUGACAUACUUGUGCCAUGAGUCGCAAAGAGAGGCGAGGCCUUGAUCCAAGCAGUGCUCCUGCAACACCUCACAACAUGGGGAAGCCCUUUGACAGCAGUGAGGACAGUGUUCCAUCAGACACAAGGGCAAAAACUAAAAGACCCCCAUCCCCAGUACCGAGCUGUGCUUCCAUGAAGAGUAACAUGUCCAUGACAGAGCCUUUCAAGUUCAGUGGAGACAACAAUCCUUCUGACACCAGAUGUGGAGUGUGUGAACAGGAAUUGGCAGCCAUUGUGUCAAUGAGCUGUGGUCAUAGUUUCUGCAAGGAUUGCAUUAGCAAUCCGCUAGACCAGCCUGGACAGUUAGGACAACACAUGUGUCUCCAGUGUAAUGGUGAUACCUUGCAGUUAGUCAUGAGAGCACAUAAGACUACUUUGAAGAGGAGGUUUGAAGGCAUUAAUGAAGGAGCUGAAGACUCACAUGUUAAAAUGUCACUGAAGAAGAUUUACACUGAGCUGUACAUUACAGAGGGAGAGAGUGAAGGUGUAAACACUGAACAUGAAAUACAGCAAAUUAGGAGGGAAUUCAAAAGAAAAACAUUACAGGAAACAGCAAUCAAAUGUAAUGACAUCUUUAAACCAUUACCUGGACAAAAUAAAAUCAUCCAAACAGUCCUGACCAAAGGCAUCGCUGGCAUCGGAAAAACAGUAUCUGUGCAUAAGUUCAUUUUAGACUGGACAGAGGGGAACGGAAAUGAGGACAUAGAUUUUAUGUUCAUUCUUCCGUUCAGGGAAAUGAAUUUGGUGAAAAAUCGUCAAUUCUCACUUCAUGACCUUGUUGUUCUCUUCCACCCGGAAGUUAAAAGGCUGGAUCCAAAGAUAUACCAAAGCUGUAAGGUUUUGUUCAUCUUUGAUGGCCUCGAUGAAAGCAGACUUGAGGUGAAUUUCAAAGCACAACAUGAUCAAAGUGUUUCUUCUGUUAGUGAUGUCUCAUCACUCAGCACACUGAUUACAAAACUCUUCCAUCGAAAUAUCCUGCCCUCUGCCCUCAUCUGGGUGACCUCCCGACCAGCAGCUGCUGCCCAGAUUCCUUCCCAGCGCAUUGACCAAGUAACAGAGGUGCGAGGCUUCAAUCACCCCCAGAAGGAGGAGUAUUUCAGGAAGAGAAUCAGUGAUGAGUCUCAAGCCAGUAGAAUUAUCUCCCACGUGAAGUCCUCACGUAGCCUUUACAUCAUGUGCCACAUUCCAGUUUUCUGUUGGAUCACAGCUGCAGUACUUAGUGAGAUUCUUGUCCACAACAUCAACACUGAGAUACCUACAACACUGACUGAAAUGUUCGCUCACUUCCUGCUAAUCCAGACAAAUGUGAAAAGCCAAAAAUACCACGGCAAGAAUGAGUCAGACAAGCAACGCCUUCUGCAGUCUAACAAGAACAUCCUCAUGAAACUGGCUAAAUUGGCCUAUGAGCAAUUGGAGAAGGGCAAUAUCUUGUUUUAUGAGGAAGAUAUAAUAAUGUGUGGCAUUGAUGUUGCUGAUGCAUCUGUGUACACUGGCAUGUGCACUGAAAUCUUUAGGGAGGAGCCAGUGUUUGGACAGAGAAGGGUGUACUGCUUUGUCCACCUGAGCAUCCAGGAGUUCCUUGCAGCGGUCUAUGUGUUUUCCUGCUCUGUAAAUGCAGACAUGGAAGCACUGAGUGCCUUUCCAACCAUGGGGGUGAAUUUGCACCACUGGCUUGUAAGUGCUGUUGAUAGAGCCUUAAAGAGUGAGAAUGGACACCUGGACCUUUUCCUUCGCUUCCUUUUGGGCUGUGCACUCGAGUCCAAUCAAAGGCUUCUGCAAGGUAUCCUGCCAAAAACACAGGACUUCUCAGAGAGUAUUAGAAUAGCGGUUGAACACAUCAAAAAAAAGAUCAGUGAAAAUGUGUUACAUCACAAAUCCAGUCCUCAACGGUACAUGAAUCUUUUACUUUGCUUGAUGGAAAUGAAAGACAAUUCUGCAUACUCAGAGAUCCAACAGGAUGUUAACUCAGGGAAGAAGAUUUCUGUAGAGAAAUGCUCAGCACUGGCCUACAUGCUUCUGAUGUCAGAUGAUGUUUUGGAUGAAUUUGACUUGUCAAAAUACAACACAUCUGAAGAUGGACAUAACAGACUGCUCACUGCUGUGAGUACUUCCAGAAAAGCAAAUCUUGCCAGCUGUAGUUUGAAUCAAUAUUCCUGCACAAUUCUCACCAAUGCAAUCCAGUCACCGGAAUCACAUCUGACAGAACUAAACCUGACCAACAAUAGGAUAACAGAUAAGGGUAUAUCUAGCUUGUUUGGUGGAUUAACCAGCAGAUAUUGCAAAAUAUUGAUACUAAGACUGGCUGCCUGUGAUCUCACCCAUAACUGCUGCCAUACACUGUCAUCUGUACUCCAGCACAAAAACUCAAGCCUAAAGGAACUUGACCUGAGUUUCAAUCAUCUAACAGAUUCUGGAAUACAGUUAAUGUGUGCUGGAUUAGUAUUUUCAGGUUGUAAACUGGAGACAUUGAGACUCAAAUGCUGUGAUCUCACGGAAGAAUCAUGUAAAAUCCUGGGCUGGGCAGUAAACACAAACCUUAAGAUGCUGGAUCUCACCAACAAUGAAGUUGGAGACUGUGGAGCAAAAUCCUUGUCUUUGGGAUUGAAGCACCCAUGCUGCAAACUGGAAAAUUUGAUUCUUUCAGGUUGUCUCAUAACAGAGAUCGGAUGUGACCAUUUGACAUCAGCUUUAGACUCAAACCCUUUAAGCCUGAGAGAGUUGGAUCUCAGCUACAAUCAUCCUGGUGUGUCGGGAGUCAAGAAACUCACAAGCAUGUUGAAGAAUACAGACUACAAACUGGAGAAACUCAACACAGAGCACAAUUCAGCGCGUUGGUUAAAGCCAGGACUGCAGAAAUAUACCUGUGAGCUCACACUAGACCCAGACACUGCAAGCCCACACCUUUUGUUUUCUGAGGGGAACAGGAAGGUGACAUAUGUGUUUGAGAAACAGCCCUACUCAGACAAUAUGAAGAGAUUUGACAGCAGGGCUCAGGUCUUGUGCAGUGAGAGGUUGACAACACGUUGUUAUUGGGAAGCAGACUUUUUUGGAAGGGUAUAUAUAGCAGUGGCUUAUAACAGCAUCAAGAGGAGAGGUAGGGAAGAAAGUCUUUUUGGAUCCGAUGACAAGUCCUGGCGCAUGUCUGUAAAUCUGGAAUCUUCCUGGUCUGCUUUCUGGCAUAAUAAGAAGAUGAGACACGUUACAUAUCAAUUGAAUGAAAACCGAUUAGGAGUGUACCUGGACUGGCCGGCUGGCACUUUGUCCUUUUACAGCGUCUCCUUGAACACUCUCAAACUCCUGAACAUGUACCACUCCACAUUCACUGAGCCCCUACAUGCAGCAUUUGGGGUUUACAAUAAUGGAAAUAGGGAGUCAUCAAUUUCUCUUUGCGGUGUACCCAACAGGAUACAGACUACAUAUAAUGAUGGAGGGAUGGAGAUUUCAGCUGAUGAAAUUCUCUGUCUGAAUCAUAGACCAACAAACUGCUGCAAAUCAUGUGAGAACAUCAAAGACACUUCACACUGGAUCCUCAUGGAACCCUCUGUUUCCAUGGAGACAGGAGUCCCUGUGUAUAAACACAGCUCUCCCCCAGGAAGGUUUGAGUGCACAGUGUCCGGUUUGCGCUGGGUGUGCGCGGUUGAAGUCACUUUAGAGUAUUGCUUUAGCGACCCUGAUAUCUUUAGAGCAGAGCUUGCCAUGUUACGGUACACACCAAUUGGUCCCUUGAUGGACAUCAAAGUGCUGUCAGGUGAACUGUUGGAGGCUCAUCUGCCCCAUUUUGCCUGCCUGGAAGGUUCCUAUACCUCUGUCAGAGAGGCCGUGAGAGUUCUGCAUGGGGACGACAGCGGUGUAACUCUAAAAACUUGUGAGCUGACUCGCUUCCAUACAAAGCUCCUUAAGCCCUCCUUCUCACUGACAGGAGCCAUUUUGAAAAAAUGCUUCCGAAUUAAAACCCACUUGGAUGUGCUAAUCUACCGGACCAGAGUGACGCCCCUGGUUCUCCUUGCAUAUGUCGUGCCGCGGGAUGCUUCCAUGAUUCAGGCUGUUGAAAAGGAUUUACCGAGAACUCAAGAUGCAAAGGAGAUCAAAACACAUCGCCCAGACAUGUCCAUUCAGAUGAACACUAAGUUUAGACUAAACAUAUCCCCUUGUCAUGCUAGGAUCUCUCCAUCGGAGAUCACCUUUAAAUACAUCAGACCUCCUGACUUAUUUCGGGUGGUCAUUGACAAUGCAGAGGACUCCUUUGAUUUGGAGAUACUCAGUGAGGGGAAGUCCAUAUGGAGAGCGACAUUGGAACGUUUUGAAUAUGGUGAGACUGGAGAAAUGGCACACAGUCAUGAAAUGCCCUCAGCAGAAGCACACAGACAUUCUCGAGAAGAGAGAGAGAGAGAGGUGGCUAACACAAGCAGAGAGGAGGCUUACACAAGCAGUUCUGCCAGGAACAAUGAAGUAGGAGGGAUAAUGGCCACCAUGUCACACAAAGAUCGACUGUUCUGUAUUCGGCCUGAUCUCAUCGAGAGGACAUCAGAACCUACACUGAAAGGUCUGGUUCUGAGGCUUGAAUCCCAUCAGCCUCCUGUGUUGAACAGGAUGGAAGCACAAGUCAUCCUGCAGAGGACCAGCGUGCUACAUGAGCAGGUGACCUCCCUCAUCGACAUGGUGCUUAAAAAGGGAGACACUGCGUGUGGCAUCAUGCUCUCCCUCCUUAAAGAACUGGACUAUUACUUUUAUCAAGACCUUAUCAAGAAAAGCCUUCCUGAAAGUGUGUAUCUGAGAUGAAACCUUUGACUGCCCUUCAGUUUGUUGUAAAGGCACAUAAAGUAACAGAAGAUGGUCAUACAUUUAAUGUAGAUUAUUAAUGUACAUAAUAGAUGUAAAACAAAUCUGUUCCACUGAUUCAGUGAGGCACUAUUCAUCAAUGUCUGAAAAACAAACAGUUCAUUAUAUUUUUAUACAUCAUAUUCUAUAUUAAAACAUCUUGAGUAUUACUAAAUA